AGAUUAUAAACAUUCGAAUAUUGAAAGAUAAAUGGACUUUAACAUUCGAUAAAUUAUACUGUUUAUUGGAAUCGAACAAAGGGAAGUUGUUAAAGGAUGAGUACACUUAUUGAAAUAUGUUCUGGUUUGCCUAUUAAAUCUCUACCACCACCUGUUAAACAUAGGGAUAAUAAUGUACCUCAUGCACCUAUCAGGAACAUUAAUCUUAACAGAGAAGAAAAACAGUUAGCUUUGAAAAAUGCAUUACGAUAUUUUCCGGCCAAUCUUCAUAACAUACUCGCACCAGAAUUUCUUGAAGAAUUGGAAAAUUAUGGGCAUAUUUACAUGUAUAGAUUUCGUCCUUCUAUAGAGAUGAGAGCUUAUCCAAUCGAUCAAUAUCCUGCUAAAUGUCAAAAAGCAGCAGCCAUUAUGUUGAUGAUUAUGAAUAAUUUGGAUCCUAAAGUGGCACAAUUUCCUCACGAAUUGGUCACUUAUGGUGGUAACGGACAAGUAUUUUCUAACUGGGCACAAUUUUUGUUAGUUAUGCAUUAUUUAUCAACGAUGACGGAAGAGCAAACUUUAGUGAUGUAUUCGGGACAUCCUUUAGGAUUAUUUCCAUCAUUUGCAUCAUCUCCUAGGCUAGUUAUUACCAAUGGCAUGAUGAUACCUAACUACUCUUCUCCAGAUAAUUAUGAUCGAAUGUUCGCGUUGGGUGUAACUAUGUAA